UAAGCCCAGUCAGUCGACGCGAAACAUUUCUCCACUUCUAAGAGAGAAAAAAAAGGAAGACUGUCGGAAGAUAUAUGCUAAGUAAGCUAAGCUAGAACAGUCAUUACCUUCAUCAAUCAUCAACAUCAAAGAGAUAGUCAGACUGUCGAAAAAGUCAUCUUUGCUUAAACACUUUCUGAUCAGUGGCAGAUCGAGGAACGUCAUUGUCAAUUUCCAUCCUUCAAGAGAAAGAGAAGGCGUACAGCUGGAAAGACAAAUUCGAAGAAUGACGACCAAUAGCAACGAUGAUGCACCUCUCAACCCUAAACCUUGGGCAAACGAGCCAAUCUUGAGCAAGCCAUUAUAUGCAUUCGAUCUACCAAAAGAAUUGUUGGACAGCCUCAAGCUGCGAAGUAUAGAUAUUCCAACAGAGGCAGACGAAGAUGAUGGUCAUAGCCGCAGAAGGAUAGGUGAGGAAAAUCACGCCAAUCAAAGUGAUUCUGGAUGUGCAAUCUGUCCCAAAGCGCCACAGUUCAGCAACAUCUCCGAAAAGCGUGCGCAUUUGCGAAGUGAUUGGCAUAGGUACAAUGUCGCCUUGAACAGAAAAGGGAGAAACGAAGAUGUGAUCGCACAAGAAGCAUUUGACAAAAUUGCAGAAGAAGUUAGCUCAUCCGGUGAAUCAGACACUGAAUCAGAAGGCGAGAUCAGCGUGCGUGUCCCGGUAGAUUUGGUCAAUACCCUGCUUAGGAGAUUGCAACUUGCACGAUCAGCAGAAGGUCAGCACGAUGCAACGAGUGAAGAAGAAGGAGAAGAGCAAGAAAAAGGAAAGAAUUCUGUUGCUAGAGAGCCCCAUUUAUGGUUCCACACUCCGCCUUCAGAUACAGCAAAGGUCAUUCCGCAGACUCAAUUCGGCAUCAUCCGACAACUGUUCCCAGAAAACGAUGUGGAUCAUUCCUUAAAGGAUUGGCAUUCUCUAGCCCUUUCUCGCUUGCAGCCCGGCUCUUUGGACGGUUCCCUAAUGCAAGGUGCAAAGCGAUUGAAAGGAGCAAGUGCAGCAGAUGAAGCUGCUAGCAUGCUAAAUGUAGUCUUUUACGAUGCACCGAACAGAAGGCAAGAUUCUGAUAGCGAAGGGGAAAGUGAUUAUGACGAAGAAGAGAAUGGAGAAGAAGCUAGUCCUGCUUUGGGCAAUCCCCAUUCGAAUACCUUUGCUCCUCAGCCUCUGCGUACCUGGACAAUACUAUUGAUGGGAGGAGGCGACUUUGCUGCGUUGGUCGUCGCAUUGAACCCAUACGAACAAGUGAUAAGCAAAAAGAAGGGUACGACAGAGCGUCAAUUACUGGUGCUCGCACGAAAACAAUUCCACAGAUAUACCACAAGACGGAAACAAGGUGGUGCACAAUCUGCUCAAGACGCAAGUGGCAGAUUUGCCAAAAGUGCUGGUGCUCAAUUACGUAGAUACGGUGAACAACAAUUGGCAGAAGAGAUACGAGAACUGCUCGAUAGACCGGAAUGGAGAAGUGCGAUUCAAUCAAGUGAGCGGGUUUGGAUUCGUGCAGGUUUACGAUCUGCCAGGGGUGUCUUGUGGAGUUGGCCUUCUUCAGGUGGUGCAACUCGUGAGUCACCUUUGGAAGAGAUGCGUAGGAAAGAUCUUGUGCAAAAUUUGCCCGUUGCAGUACGAAAGCCAACAGUAGGAGAAUGUUUGAGAUGUUUUGCUGAACUUACAAAGGUGCGCAUACGACAUGAAACGGAAGAAGAGAUGCAAAAGAGGGAUGAGGCAUACAAAGCACAACUGCAAGGUACAGCACAAGCACGUCAAGAAAGAAGACGAAAACAAAAAGAACGUCUCCAGCGUGAAGCAGAGAUCAAGCAAGCUGCAAAUACCAAAAAACGUACGCCCGUCAAACUUGAUCCGAUCGAACAAUUGAGGAGAGAAAGAUUGAUUCGUUUAGUGGACAUGCUGCGUAAAGGCCGCUUGAGUAAUGCUCUAAAGCAUUUGGAAAAGUAUGAGUUAGAUCUACUCCAUCCAAACGGUUGGCAGAAUGAUGCAGAUGCAAGUAAGAAUCUCGAUCCUGACGAUGUGGACGAAUCUAUGGAGUUGGCACAUCAAAGGAUCAAUGCCGAACUACCUGGAUGGUGGCGAUUCCUUGACGCACGUGAAAAGGGUGCUUUGCUUCAUGGACCAGCCGACAGCAUCGAAUCACAGUUGAGCAAUUUGACGAUACGUAAUCGACUUGUUCCGUCUACAAUACUUCACGUAGCAGCCGAAGGAGGAAGUGAAAGCGUUGUGAAUCAUUUCUUAGUCGAAAGACAUUGUGAUCCAACAGCAGGAAUUGCACCUCCUCCGCAUUCUGAUGCUUUUGAUGAAGACGCAAGCAAACAAGAGAUUGCUACAAAGGCAUCCGAGAAGGCAAACACAAUCUUCCCACAUAGAACAGCUUAUGACCUUUGCCCUAAUCGCGAAUCAAGGGAUGUAUUCAGACGACUGAUGGCCACCCGAUCAGACUUAUGCAAAGAUUGGUCAGGAAUAGAAAAAGGUGGAGCUCGUGUUCCAAAAGCACUUACAGAAGAGAUGGAAGAAGCAAGAAACAAAGAAGAACAAGUACGUGAUAAACGUCAAUUGAUGCGUGACAGAGCACGCAAGAGACAAGAAGAAGAAGCUUCAACGAAUGCUCAUACAAUCACAGAAGAAGACCGUGUUGCUGCUGCUAACCAAAAAGCCAAGAAAGAGGCUGAACAACAAUCCUCAACGAGCAACUCGAAUCGUCUAGGCGGUUCAGGCUCAGCACCCCGAGCACUACAAAAGAAAAUGGACGAAUCACAAGGACUCACACCGGAAAUGAGAGCACGCAUCGAACGAGAAAAGCGUGCGAGAGCAGCAGAAGCUCGUUUGAAAGGUUUGCAAGGCAAAUAAAGAGAAUUAUUCAAUGGUGUACUAUCCACCUUUACAUACACUGUCAGAUUAGUAUACCAUAUCA